ACACAUUCCCGAGCACCAUUCUCUCUCCCGUCUCUCCCCCCACACUUUAACGCCCUGGGUCACUUGAAUACCUGCGACGACAUGGCAUCUCGAUUGCUCCGUCCGGCGCUUCGCUCAGUGCGCGGAUUCCAGACCAGUGCGGCGCUGCGACAGGAAGCUCCGCUGGUUGCGCCAGUUAGGAGGCCUGUUGGUGCUUUUCGCGGAGGGUUGUUCGGCUUUCUCCUCGGAGCAACCACAUCCGGUGCAGGCAUGUACUACUAUGUCGUCGACGAAUACCGCGUCUCGAACCAGCUUUUGACAGAAGACAUCUAUGCCCUCCAAGCCGCGGUACAGCGGAUAGAAGGCUACGUCAGGACAUUGGAGGACAAGGUCGACGCAAAGAAGAAAUGAGUAGUCAUGUGAUGGAGAUGAGUGCAACACUGGCUCACGAAGUGAGAUUGACACGAAUGUCGGGCUGUCGUGUCUUGACGCAACACUGAAAAUGGAUAUACAUACUAUUCCCAUAUGUCUCUGCUCUUCAGGACGAGAUGUAUCGAAUUUUGCAGGC